UCUCUGUCCCCAAACAUGCUCAUACCUCCUCUCGCCACAGCCGGCCUGGUGCCUGAUUCCACUCUGUGGUCUCUGCCCCUGCAGGAGGGCUCCCCAGGGCCUGAGCCGUUCAAUGGGCCCCCAGAACCUCCAUCUGUGCCCUACUCUCUGGCGACCUUGGAUCAGCAGCUGACUGGUUCUCUUUCUGGGGAGCCCCACAGGACCCUUGUCCUGCCCAGCAUAUGCUCAAGUCUGCUGCUCCAGCCCUGUGCCACCCCUGACCCUCUUCUACUGCAGCCACAGGUCCUGGGAAAGAAGCGGGCUCCAGACCCUGGGAGGGACCGUGCUUAG